CGCUAAAACCCACAAACACAGCCGGUUAAAAUAACGCUCAUAACCUCUCAUAAUGUGUUAAAUCCGCCAAAAACAACCAUGGAAAACAUUUCAAAUCGUUCUGUUCGGUUUUUAGAAGAUUCGCUAAGUGUUCCAGGAACGAGUGUGCUACGUCCCAGUGUGUUUAAAUUAAAGAAAGACGCUGCAAAAAGCCUAAGUUUAUCCUUAACUUUAUCACCUGAUGAAAUAUUAUUUUUACAACAAAAUUCUCAAACUGAACCAAACUGUACGUUUGUGAAUGACACACUUAUUUACCAUAGUUCUAGCAAGAUUUUUAACACUGUUUCGUUGAAUGAAUCAUUGAAGGGAACAGUUAUUCGUACUAAAGAACCAUGGAAAAAUGCUUUCGAUUUAUUACACAUUGAGUUUUCGGAGAUUUUACAAAGCUAUUCUGGAAGCCAAGAUGUUCUUGAGACAAUUUCUGAUCUCGGGAGAUGCUGUGCUGACGCUUUAAAAGUUGUUGAAGGAUUAAAAGCACAAGUUUCAGUCAGACACAUUGAUCCGGAAGAGUUAUGGUUGAGAAAUGAAGGAAAUACAUGGAGAUUAAUUCAUAUUUUAUACCAAGAUCGACUGGCUACUGCAUACUUGAGAGAAGAAGAGCAAGAUAUCGAUCAAUAUUUUGGAUUGAGCGAGAAACGUUGUGUGGAGAAUUUGUUUAAAAGAGAUAAUUUAGUUAGAGAGAGCCAAUUGGUUAUCGAUUGGUUAGAGAAUAACGCUAAAUUAGCUACUCCUGUUGAUUUUUAUUACACCGAUAUUACAGUCGGUUGGGAAAACACUCUGCAUCAAUUACAAUCAAAAGAUACUAUUGCAUUUGUUAGUAAAAGAGAAAUUGUUAAAUCAUUGCAUCCAGAUGCCCCUACAUAUGAAAAUAAACCUUUACAUGAAUUAGAUGAACAAGACGAAAAGGCACUUUGUAAAAGAAUCUUUCAUUUAAUUCGAUGUGGUAAUUUAGAUGGUGCACAAAAGCAUUGUAUUGAUUGUGGUCACGCAUGGAAAGCUGCGCUUUUUGAAGGUUGGCGUCUCUUCCACGAUCCAUCUCGCGAAGUUGAUGAAUCUGGAAAUUAUAAUGAAACAAUUUGUUCAACUGAGCAAGAAGUUGAAGGAAAUUAUAAUCGCGAUUUAUGGAAACGAAUGUCAUUUAAAUAUAGUGACUCCAAUAAAUUAAAUCGUUACAUAAGAUCCUCUAUAGCCACUUAUUGUGGUUAUUUAAAACAAAUUCUUCCGGUGUGUGAAAACUGGGAAGAUUACCUCUGGGCCUACCUCAAAGUGAUGAUAGAUAUUCGGGUUGAAUCCGAAGUAAGAGAUUGUGUUAAUAAAACUUAUACAAGUCUGCCAGAUUUUUAUUGGGAUCAAAGGAUGUCUUUGAACGAAGUCUUUUCGCAUUUAGAAACGUCGGAUUGUAAAUAUGUUAAAGAACAAGCUAAAAAACCGGAUUAUAUCAUAAUAAAAUAUUUGAUUUUGGAUGAUAUUCCCCAGAUGUUUGUAGCUUUGGAGGAAUAUCUUAAUGAGGAUGCUUCUAUUCAUCUCUUAAGAUUUUUAACACAUUUAGUAUUGUUUUUGGAUCAAAUUGGGCAAGCGCCUCAAAGAAAUGUUGCCGAAAACGUUUUAGAAAUGUAUAUUAAACGAUUAAGUACAAUGGAUGACAUUGGUUUGGUAGCAUUUUAUGUUAGCAAAUUAGGGACGCAAAAACAAGUUGAUUUAUACAGUCGGUUCCUCGAAGGUAUUACUGCAGAUGAACAGAGGAGAACUGCUUUAAAAUAUGCUGAAGAUUGCGGCUUAAACGUAGCAUUAAUAACAAAGACUGUCGUGGAAAAUAUCAUAGAAAGACCAUUUGAUUUUACUGAUAUGAGUUUGCAAGAAAGAUUAACGCCAGGAGAUGAAUACAAAAUAUCAUCAAUCGAUUGGUUACUUUUUUAUGAAAGUGAUCGCUUAGAAGCAAUCAUCCAAAGUAACGCAUUAAUUCAUAAGUUCUUAGCUUUAAAAAAAUUAGAUGCAGCUCAAUUGGUUUUUAAUAAAAUCCCACCAGACUCAGCUGAAAUGAUUAUGUCAACUUUAUCAGAUACCCAAAUUUCUUUAAAAGAGCAUUUGUGUUAUAGGGCGUAUUUAGACGCGCAAGAAGCUUUUAGUUUAUGGUUUAAACAUUAUAAAAUGAAACCAAUUGAACCCGAGUCUAUCCCUGUAAACGCACAUUUAACUGAAAAAGUCGCACACCAACAUAAAACAUCUCAGUAUAAAGCGGAAAUCGAGCGUUGGAAAAUGACGAUGUCUCAUCUUGCUAAAUCAGCAAAAACGUUACUUUAUAACGUUUUGCUUUUCCCGGAUGGUGGUUGGUUAGGUGGCGUAAAUAAUGCUGAACGUUUAAGAUCCACUUGUAUUCCAGAAUGUACUUUGUUAUUGUACAAUGUGCUUUUUGAAUCAGGGUUACUUAGUGAAUGUAUAAGGUUGGCUGAUAUUUUAGCAUCUGAGAAGUAUCAAUUAUAUAAGGUUUAUAGUAAGGAAAGUUUGAGGGAAAUUCUUCGUAAACUUUCUGAAGCGUCUGUUGCUUUGUUAAAUUCGAAGAUGGAUCCUUGGGGAAAUGAUGGUUUCAAUUAAAAAGUGUGCAUAAUAAUAAUGUAUUAAGGAGUGUAAUUUUUGUAAU